UUAAAGUGCGCAUGUGUGCACAUACCGGGCCAAGAAGUGAGGUUAGGCCUAACUGUUCAUUCACGUGUCUUCAAAAAUGAAAAAGCCACUCAAACGCCGUCGUAAUGAUACUGAAACAGAAAAAAAAGCUGAACCAGAGCCCUUACCAGCCGUGCGACACUCAGACGAGCCGCCACCGAAAAAGAUCAAAUGGGUCAACAAACAACGAGUUCUUGUCUUCAGUUCGCGGGGAAUCAGUCACAGGGACAGACACUUGAUGGAAGAUUUGAAAAAAUUAAUGCCACACCAUAAACCCGAAUCAAAAAUGGAAAGAAGCAAAAACUUAUCAGUAGUAAAUGAAAUGUGUGAAAUGAAAAACUGUAACAAGGCCGUUAUGUUUGAAGGGAGGAGGAAAAUGGAUUUGUACAUGUGGUUGGCCAAUGUUCCAAAUGGACCUAGUGCAAAAUUUCUGGUCGAAAAUGUGUACACAAUGAGUGAGAUAAAAUUAACUGGGAACUGCCUGCGGGGCUCUCGACCGCUACUCAGCUUCGACCCCACUUUCACAGAGAAGCCCCACUACACCCUCCUCAAGGAGCUCCUAACGCAGAUAUUUGGGGUCCCCAAACACCACCCAAAAAGCCAGCCCUUCUUCGACCACGUUUACACCUUCACGCUUUUGGAUAACAGGAUUUGGUUUAGGAAUUUCCAGAUUUUGUCAGAAGACGGCGCUUUGGCUGAAGUGGGGCCCAGAUUUGUCCUAAAUCCAGUGAAAAUAUUUUCUGGAAGUUUUGGUGGUGCUGCACUUUGGGAAAACCCGUUCUAUGUCAGUCCAGCAAAAUACAGACAACAAAUACGUCUCUCUGCCAAAAACAAAUAUCUCAAUCGGGUUCAGCAGAAAGCACACGCGAGCACAGCAAAUUCCGGCGAUGGUUACAAAAUGACGCCUUUGGAUGAUAUUUUUGAAGGCGAUCCGCUUGAAAAAGCCCAACAAAUCGAAGAAGAGAAGACAGAAAUAAAAGAAAAACCGAAAAAAGUUUUGAAGAAGAAGAGAUUCGGGAAAAAGAAAAAACAGAAAUGAGAUGCUUGUAACAGGUUUAUUUUCAUUAAAAUUUAUAAAAACAG